GACGAGUCGUCUGCAUGGAUUCAUCUGACGAAGCACUAUGGAACGUCCAAACACGAAAGCAAGUGCCCAGCUUGGCUGAAGUAUAUCUCCUGAUAAAUUUAGAUUUAGUUUUAGAAGACCUAGACCAGGUGGUGGCGGAGGCGCAGGAGCAAGAGUUUGAGCACGUUAUCUUCUGGCAGUACAUUGACAACAAGAGCCAUCGUUUCUAACCUCAUUUGCAUCUCCUUACUCCCAUAUUGUCAUUCGAUUCUCCUAAGCCUUAAACCAUUUUCAUUCUCGUACUUUCUCUUUCAGGGCUAAAAUGCUGGGCCUUGUCAAAGACAUGAAGUAUAAGCGGACGUCCGUGAGAGAGGCAAUUCUCCUUGUCGGCUGUCGGCUGUGGUUGAAAUACGGGAUUAAUAUCGAGUCGACGGAGGCGGAUGUCAUCGUGGAUUUGGUGAUCAGCAACAUCAAUGCAGAUAUGGGGGUUCGCACGGAGUUCAAUAUGAUCACGUCUUUCAUCAUCUGCGAAGUCAUCAAGCAAGGGCUGAAAAACGAGAGCGUGAAGGUACUAAAUCUUCGCGCUCCUGCUCCUGCUCGUCAUUUUUCAUUUUUGAAAAUUUGGAUGAUGUUUCUCAUGAGCAUGAAGUUGAAGACGUUUUUGCUGAUGCUGAUGUGGAAGUAGAUGAUGAUGUAGUAGUCGACACCACGACCAUACCACUACCACUACUUUUCCUCGUCCUAUUCUACCUCUUCUCCACGACUCCCACUACAGAUCGACGAAUCGGAUCGCAAAACAAUCAUGCUGACUGUGCCUACGGGUGCGGAAGGCGAGGAGGAAACUUAAGGCUCGAUAACGAAGAUGAUAGUGAUCGUGAUGGCUGUGGAAGUGUAGGCAUGUUUGCGAUUUCGCUUUCCGCGCAAACUGAUACUGAAUGAUUCGGAUUCUAUUUUGAAUACCUACCCCUCCAACCCCCUAAUGACCCUUCUAAACUUCGAGCCUGGAGCGCGUUAUCGAGUUGAGCACGAACGGUCGCACCUGGGCCAAAAGCCCAGAGGACGCAGACUUGGCGUCCACGAUUGAGUGGCCGUAUGCUGACCCAGACAAAGUGAGGCUGUUCAAGCAACAGCAGGCACUUUCUAGUUGUUUUUUGUUGUUCUUGUUGUCCUGCACUUCCUCGCAAACUGUCCUCGUAUUUGUCCUCACCACCUUCGAUGUCCGUAUCCAGAACCUUGCUCCCAAAUCCAAUAGAUGGCAAUGAACGCAAUCGGCUCGAUUAUCUCCGCGGAGGCAGCCGUGCGCGGAGCAAAGUACGGGACGCUAGCCGUGGUGCCUCGAAACAAGCCCUACUGUAAUACUUUUUUGUUAUUGUUGUUCAUGGCUCAGUCUCAAUCUCAGUCACAGUCUCAAUGUUCUUGCUCAGAAGGAUAAGGAAGACCAGCGAGUGUGAAAGUGCUUGCAUGUGAGUCAGAGUCUCAUCCUUGUCAAUGUGGUUCCUUAAGUUUCUCUGUGGCCGAAAGUCGAAACCGAUUCCCAUCUCCACGACUCACCACAGCGAACG